UUAAAAAUAGAAAAAACUCCUAGUCGGGAUACUUUGAGUUCGAGCUUUGAGCACGAAAUUCCAUUCGUGUUUGAAACAAUUCGAAUUUGGAUCGAACCUUUUACUGAGCUGCAGAGACUCGUAUUGCAAACACCGCGUCAGAAGAGCUACUUCUCGUUUAAGGCUCAUUACCAAGAUUUCAAACUCAAUCAGGCGUAAAAGUCACCUCAUCACAAAUUUAAGCCACAAGAAUUCGAAUCUAUUUCCACCAUUUGAGCGCGUCGACUCGCCCCAGGAAAUUUCCACGACGCGUUGAUCAACUCUUUUACAAUCUGGAAUGAGCAACUCUCGCACCCUGCCUUCCUUCAAGGCUGACUAGAUCGCACUUCAUUUUACUCCAAAUUCAUCCUCUGGCAGAAGAAUCAUGGCUAGGGUUUAUGAUAAUUGGGAGAGGCUAGUGAAGGCAGUGCUUCGGAGCGAGCAGAGGGGUGGCCACCAGCGAACCCCCAGCGGAAUUGCCGGCGCCGUUCCCGAUUCUCUUCAAAGGACCACCAACAUCAAUGCAAUUUUGCAGGCUGCCGAUGAGAUUCAAUCGGAGGACCCUAAUGUUGCAAGAAUAUUGUGCGAGCAGGCAUAUACUAUGGCCCAGAAUUUGGACCCUAACAGUGAUGGUAGAGGUGUUCUUCAAUUUAAGACAGGUUUAAUGUCUGUGAUCAAGCAAAAGCUUGCCAAAAAGGAUGGUGGCAGAAUAGAUCGUAAUCGUGAUAUUGAGCGAUUGUGGGAAUUUUAUCAUCAAUACAAAAGGCGGCACAGGGUGGAUGACAUCCAGAGAGAGGAACAGAAAUGGCGUGAAAGUGGCAAUUUUAGUAGUAAUAUUGGAGACUUGCAACUUAGAUUCUCAGAAAUGAAAAAGGUAUUUGCUACACUGAGGGCUUUGGUUGAGGUGAUGGAGGCACUUAGUAAAGAUGCAGCUCCAGAUGGAGUAGGAAGGCUCAUUAUGGAGGAGUUAAGAAGGAUUAAAAAGUCUGAUGCAACUAUAUCGGGUGACCUCAUCCCGUAUAACAUUGUCCCUCUGGAAGCACCAUCCUUAACAAAUGCUAUUGGAUAUUUUCCAGAAGUCAGGGGGGCAAUAUCAGCGAUAAGAUACAAUGAGCAGUUUCCUCGGCUUCCAGCUGAUUUUGAGAUUUCUGGACAGCGGGAUUUGGACAUGUUUGAUCUUUUGGAAUAUGUAUUUGGGUUUCAGAAGGACAAUGUAAGAAACCAACGUGAGCAUCUCAUUCUUGCUUUAGCCAAUGCACAGUCCCGACUUGGUAUCCCAGUUGAUGCUGAUCCAAAGCUAGAUGAACGAGCUGUAAGAGAUGUCUUCUUGAAGGUCCUGGAUAAUUACAUUAAAUGGUGUAGAUACCUGCGGAUACGCCUCGUAUGGAAUAGUUUGGAAGCCAUUAACAAGGACAGGAAGCUUUUCCUAGUUUCCCUGUACUUCUGCAUAUGGGGCGAAGCCGCGAACGUCCGCUUCCUUCCUGAAUGCAUCUGCUAUAUAUUUCACCACAUGGCAAGGGAAUUAGAUGCAAUUCUGGAUCACGGGGAGGCAACUCAUGCUACAAGUUGUAUAAGUGAAAAUGGUUCUGUGUCCUUUCUGGAGCAAAUCAUUUGUCCCAUAUAUGAGACCUUGGCAGAGGAAGCUAGCAGAAAUAAUAAUGGGAAAGCGGCACACUCAGAAUGGCGGAACUACGAUGACUUUAACGAAUAUUUCUGGUCACCUGCUUGCUUUGAGUUGAGUUGGCCUAUGAAGAAGGAUUCUUCAUUUCUGUUGAAGCCUAAACCUAAAAAAGGAAAACGGACUGGCAAAAGCUCAUUUGUUGAGCAUCGAACUUUCCUUCAUCUGUAUCGGAGUUUUCAUCGUCUAUGGAUCUUUUUGAUUGUAAUGUUUCAGGCUCUUGCUAUUGUGGCUUUCAACGAUGGAAAACUUAACCUUAAUACCUUUAAAAGAGUGCUUAGCGUUGGCCCAACAUUUGCUGUCAUGAAUUUUUUAGAGAGUUGUUUGGAUGUGCUACUAACUUUUGGGGCCUAUACUACUGCCCGAGGCAUGGCUAUAUCAAGGCUUGUUAUCAGAUUCUUUUGGUGGGGUUUGAGCUCCGCGUUUGUGCUUUACGUCUACCUGAAACUUUUGGAGGAAAUGAAUACAAACGCCUCAGAUUCAGUCUAUUUCCGGAUUUAUGUCCUAGUAUUGGGUGUAUAUGCUGGUUUUCGUGUGGUUCUUGCACUGCUGCUCAAGUUCCCUUCAUGUCACAGGAUCUCAGAAAUGUCUGAUCAUCCAUUUUUCCAAUUUUUCAAGUGGAUUUAUGAGGAACGCUAUUUUGUUGGUCGUGGACUUGUUGAAAGGACUUCUGACUAUAUAAGCUACGUGUUUUACUGGCUGGUGAUCUUUGCUUGCAAAUUCACUUUUGCUUAUUUUCUUCAGAUUAAGCCACUAGUUGAGCCAACUAGGAUUAUCAUAAAUCUACCGCGGCUUCGGUAUUCAUGGCAUGAUUUGAUAUCAAAGAAUAAUAAUAAUGCAUUGACUAUAGCUAGUCUGUGGGCGCCGGUUGUGGCUAUUUAUCUUAUGGAUAUUCACAUCUGGUAUACUCUGUUAUCUGCAAUUUAUGGUGCCGUGAUGGGAGCAAGGGCUCGAUUAGGCGAGAUUCGAUCGGUUGAAAUGGUGCAUAAGCGUUUUGAGAGUUUUCCAGAGGCUUUUGUGAAGAAUCUUGUGUCUCCACAGAUCAAAAAGAUCCCAUUCGAAGCACAAGCAUCUGAGACUUCUCAUGAUAAUAACAAGGCCUAUGCAGCCAUGUUUUCCCCAUUUUGGAAUGAAAUAAUCAGAAGCUUGCGUGAAGAAGAUUUUAUUAGUAAUAGGGAGAUGGACUUACUUUCUAUGCCAAGCAACACUGGAAGUCUGAAAUUGGUUCAAUGGCCACUUUUUCUUCUAAGCAGUAAGAUAUUGUUGGCUAUUGAUUUAGCUUUGGAUUGCAAAGACACACAAGCUGAUCUUUGGAGUAGAAUCUGCAAGGAUGAGUACAUGGCAUAUGCUGUGCAGGAGUGUUAUUCAAGUAUUGAAAAAAUUUUGCACUCCCUGGUUGAUGGAGAAGGAAGACUUUGGGUUGAGAGGAUAUUUCGUGAGAUCAACAGUAGUAUUUCAGAAGGUUCGCUUGUCAUUACGUUGUCUCUUAAAAAGCUUCCGGUGGUGCUCUCCAGAUUUACAGCUUUGACUGGGUUACUGACUCGUGACCCUACUCCUGAACUUGCAAAAGGUGCAGCUAAAGCUGUGUAUGAUUUUUAUGAUGUUGUUACACAUGAGCUGCUAUCAUCUGAUUUGAGGGAACAGCUUGAUACCUGGCAUAUAUUGUUGAGGGCUAGAAAUGAGGGGCGCCUCUUUUCACGGAUAGAAUGGCCAAAGGACCCUGAUAUUAAGGAGCAGGUGAAAAGGUUGCACCUACUUCUGACUGUAAAGGAUAGUGCAGCUAAUAUACCCAAAAAUCUUGAAGCAAGAAGAAGAUUGGAGUUUUUCACUAAUUCAUUGUUUAUGGACAUGCCACCAGCUAAGCCUGUUUGUGAAAUGAUGCCAUUCUGUGUCUUCACACCGUACUAUAGUGAAACGGUGCUUUAUAGCAACUCUGAGUUGCGGGUUGAAAAUGAAGAUGGCAUAUCAAUUCUUUUCUAUCUCCAGAAGAUUUUUCCGGAUGAAUGGGAGAACUUUUUGGAACGUAUUGGCCAUGGUGAUGGUGGUGAUGCUGAAUUUCAAGAAACUUCAACUAAUGCUUUGGAACUUCGAUUUUGGGCAUCAUAUAGAGGACAGACUUUAGCUAGAACAGUGCGUGGCAUGAUGUACUAUAGAAGGGCACUCAUGCUGCAAAGUUACUUAGAGAGAAGAUCUCUAGAAGAGGAUGUGUCUUAUCAUACAAGUUUCACAACUCAAGGUUUUGAGUUGUCCCGUGAAGCACGUGCUCAAGCCGAUAUAAAAUUCACUUAUGUUGUUUCCUGCCAAAUUUAUGGCCAACAAAAGCAGCGGAAAGCUCCAGAGGCAGCUGAUAUUGCUCUACUGCUACAGAGGAAUGAGGCACUUCGUGUUGCUUUCAUACAUGUUGAAGAGAGUGGUGCAGCUGAUGGAAAAGUGACGAAGGAAUUUUAUUCAAAGCUUGUAAAAGCUGAUGAACAUGGAAAGGAUCAGGAAAUAUUUUCUAUUAAACUUCCCGGAGAUCCUAAGCUUGGGGAAGGGAAACCUGAAAAUCAAAACCAUGCCAUAAUUUUUACUCGUGGAGAGGCUGUUCAAACAAUUGACAUGAAUCAGGACAACUACCUUGAGGAGGCGAUGAAAAUGAGAAAUCUCCUUGAGGAAUUUCGAGGAAACCAUGGUCUUCGACCCCCCACAAUUCUUGGGGUAAGAGAGCAUGUGUUCACUGGAAGUGUUUCCUCCUUGGCCUGGUUUAUGUCCAACCAAGAGACUAGUUUUGUGACCUUGGGUCAACGCGUUUUGGCGAAACCUCUUAAAGUCCGUAUGCACUAUGGUCAUCCAGAUGUCUUCGACCGAAUUUUUCAUGUUACUCGUGGUGGCAUCAGCAAAGCAUCUCGUGUCAUUAAUAUUAGUGAAGAUAUUUAUGCAGGGUUCAAUUCUACGUUGAGACAGGGAAACAUCACUCACCAUGAAUAUAUUCAGGUUGGAAAGGGAAGAGAUGUUGGGUUGAACCAAAUUGCCUUAUUUGAAGGCAAAGUUGCUGGGGGGAAUGGAGAGCAAGUAUUGAGCCGGGACGUGUACAGGCUUGGACAACUUUUUGACUUCUUUAGAAUGCUGUCCUUCUUUUUCACGACUGUUGGUUACUAUGUUUGCACAAUGAUGACGGUUCUUACCAUAUAUGUUUUUCUCUACGGGCGAGCAUAUCUGGCAUUCUCUGGUCUUGAUAAAGGAAUAUCAAGGGAAGCAAAAUUGUUGGGAAAUACUGCAUUUGAUGCUGUUCUGAAUGCUCAGUUUUUGGUACAAAUUGGAGUUUUCACUGCAGUUCCCAUGAUCAUGGGCUUUAUACUUGAACUGGGAUUACUGCAGGCUGUUUUUAGUUUUAUCACGAUGCAGCUUCAGCUUUGUUCAGUCUUCUUUACCUUUUCAUUGGGGACAAGAACUCAUUAUUUUGGGCGUACUAUUCUCCAUGGAGGUGCCAAGUAUCGAGCAACUGGAAGGGGUUUUGUUGUUCGUCACAUCAAAUUUGCUGAGAACUAUCGGCUUUACUCUAGAAGUCAUUUUGUGAAGGCGCUGGAAGUAGCACUGCUGCUUAUUGUCUGCAUUGCAUAUGGUUACUCAGAGGGAGGUGCUGUUUCCUUUAUUCUGUUAACUAUAAGCAGUUGGUUUCUUGUCAUCUCUUGGCUCUUUGCGCCAUAUAUCUUCAAUCCCUCUGGAUUUGAAUGGCAGAAGACUGUGGAGGAUUUUGAUGAUUGGACUAAUUGGCUUAUGUAUAAAGGUGGAGUUGGGGUCAAGGGGGACAACAGCUGGGAGUCUUGGUGGGAUGAAGAACAGAUGCAUAUUCAGACAUUGAGAGGCCGCAUACUCGAGACAAUUUUGAGCUUGAGGUUUAUAAUGUUCCAGUAUGGCAUUGUCUACAAACUUCAUGCUACUGGCAAUGAUACAUCAAUUGCGGUCUAUGGCUUCUCUUGGGUUGUACUGGUUGGAAUAGUUUUGAUCUUUAAGAUCUUCACGUUUAGCCCGAAGAAGUCCACCAAUUUCCAGCUAAUGCUACGGUUUAUUCAGGGGGCUACAGCAAUUGGACUUAUUGUAGCACUCUGCCUUGUUGUUUUGUUCACUAGCCUAACCGUUGCAGACCUGUUUGCUAGCAUCCUUGCAUUUAUCCCAACAGGAUGGCUCAUUCUUAGUUUGGCAAUUACAUGGAAGAAGAUUGUAAGGAGUUUGGGGCUUUGGGAAUCUGUGAAAGAGUUUGCUCGAAUGUAUGAUGCUGGAAUGGGUAUACUCAUCUUUGCCCCAAUUGCUGUGCUGUCUUGGUUCCCAUUUGUCUCCACGUUCCAGUCGCGUCUGCUCUUUAACCAAGCAUUCAGUCGUGGUUUAGAGAUCUCCCUCAUCCUUGCAGGAAACAAAGCUAAUGUUGAGGCCAACUCUUUUUAACUGGAUACUGUGUAGCAUUAAUUUCAACUGACCACUCUCAGCAUCUUGAUGGUUUUUGUUUUUCUGUAGCCUGCUGAUUUUGAAUCUUGUGGAUGCGCGUGAACUUAAAUAUCAAUUUUGUAGACGUCUUGUAUUAUUGUAUAUAAGUUGUUAAUUUCUGUCA